AUGGAGCAGAGAGGCUGGUGCUGGUGGCUGCUGCUGUUGGUGGGCAUCCAGCUGGCUGGUGGCCAGUGCCCAGAGCAGUGCCAAUGCGUCCGCACAGCCCAAGUGGAGUGCUCCGGCGCUGGCAUCACCGCCAUCCCCAGCCCCAUCCCCGCCAACGCCAUGACCCUCCAGAUCAUCAACACGCGCAUCACCGAGCUGGGCGAUGCGUCCUUCGGCAACGCCUCCUUGCUGAUCGGGCUGCGCAUCGAGAAGAACGACCUGUCGCGCAUCAGCCCCGGCGCAUUCCAGGACCUGCCUGACCUGCGCUACCUCAGCCUGGCGAGCAACAAGCUGCAGGAGCUCCCCGUGCAGGUCUUUGAGCCUCUGGACAAGCUGGAGUCUCUGCUUCUCUCCAGCAACCAGAUCCUCCAGGUUGAGCCUCUUGGCCGGAACACCGUCGACCGCCGGCCGCCCCGGGCCUUCGAGCGGCUGGCUCGGCUGCAGGUGCUGCGGCUCUAUGAGAACCGGCUCCAGCAGAUCCCGGCGGGCGCCUUCGACGGGCUGCCUGAGCUGCAGGAGCUGGGGCUGCACCAGAACCAGCUGGAGACGCUGUCCCCAGAGCUCUUCGUGCACAACAGGAACCUGCAGAAGCUCUACCUCUCCAACAACCUCCUCACCACCCUGCCGAGCGGCGUCUUCCUGCCCCUGCGUGCACUUGCCAAGAUCACCCUGCAUGUCAACCGCUUGCGGGACAUCUCUCCCGGCGCCUUCGGGCCCAUGCCUGACCUGCGGGAGCUGUGGCUCUAUGAGAAUGAGCUUUCCACCCUCCCCACCGCUGUCUUUGGCAACCUCACCCAGCUGCAGCUCCUGGUCCUCAGCAAGAACCGGCUGCGCUCGGUGGCUCCGAGGGCUUUCUGGGGGUUGGAGGAGCCCCUGCAGCUGCCCUCCAAUGCCCUGGAGUACCUGCCCGCCGGCAUCUUCUCCCCGCUGGCCGCCCUGAGGGAGGUGAAGCUGCACAACAACUCCUGGCGCUGCGACGAGGGCAUCCUGCCUCUGCGGGGCUGGCUGAAGGACAACCCCCACAAGGUGGGCGAGAUAACCCCCCUCUGCGCCCAGCCCCUUACCGUGCGGGGCACCCCCAUCACCGCGGUACCGCGGGACCAGCUCCUCACCCCCCAGUCCCCUACUGCCUUCCCCCAUCCCAGCACCCUGCUCCCCGCUCUCCCCUCUGAGGUGGCAUCACCAGAAGGUGCCUGGACGGAGCCCCCCAUGGGGCUGCCGGUCUCCCCUUGGGAGGAGGAGGAGGAGGCGGAGGAGGAAGAGGAGGAUAGGGGGCAGUGGGGGUUGACACGCAUGCAGAGCGGGGUGGUGGUGGCCGUCAUUGUGCUGGUGUGCGUGGCCCUGCUUGCUGCUCUCGUGGCGCUGGUGGUUUACGGCUGUAGGAAGAAGAGCCACGUUGUGCUUAUGAGAAUGAAGGCGCCCAACGAAGCCUGA